AAUGCUGUACCUGCGCAAGGAACAACCUUUGAAUUGUCUGUGUUGUGCGGUGUUUGUGUUUGGUUGCGUACGUCUGUGUGGUUGCAAACGAAUAAAACGGACGGCAUUUAAUCUGCUCCGUUACUACCUUGGCGUACCUGUCGGGACACACCGGAUCUCACCUGAGACACUCCCGUUUCUCAAAGCGGAAAGGAGUCCGUGGAGAAGGGGACGCAGAAGAAACGAAGAAACGGGGGGAGAGGGGAAAAGCAAGAACUUGGGAGAAAUGCGAGAAGGUUUGUAGAUUAGAGUAAAAGGAGUUUACGAAAGGGGCCCAGCGUUUUUUUCCCCAAUAUCGCACAAGGUGAAGCAGAGACUUUGUCGUGUGAUCCGAAGAGAAUUAAGAAAAAACCGAACCACCCAAGUGUAUAACUGUCCAUCUAGGUACGCUUUGUGAAACGUGAGCGGGCAUACUUCAUUUUGCUCCUGAAAUCUUUUCGCCUAUACUCUCUAAAUUGGGAAAACAUAACCCCAUAAACCAAAUAAGAUAUUUAUAACGGAGCACAGGCAAUAAAGAACAGACCAUGCCUCGAGCCUUCCUUGUGAAAAAGGCGAAUAUUUCACCUGGCAGGCGAAACUGGAGUCAGCUCCCGGACCAUGAACGUGGGGAAAUCUAUAUUCCAGUCUCCCUGCCAUUCCCGCUGUGUGUGGAGGAGUCUGAAGCCAGCCUGGCGGAGUCCGCUCUGUGCCUCUCCACGCACGAGCACGGCAUGCACACGCAGAGCCGCGCCCAGGACACGCCCGUGCACGCGGCAGAGCUGCCCUCCUGCACCGCGCAGGGGCAGCAGAGUGCCGCACCGGCCGAGUGGGCGAGGGUGCAGGGGGGCGCGUACGUCCGCUCCAAAAUUAAGGUAACCACAGGUGACCCUCCCAUUGACGAGCCUCCCAGUGUGCCAUCUCUCCAAAGUGCCUCGGCUGUUCCAGGUGUGUCCCCAGGUGUGCCGCCUGCUGCGUUCGUGUGCCAGGUGUGUGAGAAAGGCUUCCAGUACCAGCGCAUGCUGAAACGCCACCUCAAGUGUCACAACGAGUCCAAGAGGCACCUGUGCAACUACUGCGGGAAGGGCUUCAACGACACCUUUGACCUCAAGAGACACGUCCGUACACACACAGGUGUCCGCCCCUAUAAGUGCAGUCUGUGUGACAAGGCCUUCACCCAGCGCUGCUCGCUGGAGUCGCACAUGAAGAAGAUCCAUGGCGUCACCCAGCAGUACGCCUACAAGGAGCGGCGCACCAAGCUGUACGUGUGCGAGGACUGCGGCCUGACAGCCCAGACCCAGGACUCUCUGCUGCGCCACCUGCAGGCCCAGCACCCACACAGCGCCAUGCUGCGGGCCAAGGCAGGGCGCAAGGCCGGGGCCAGCGGGGCCAAGGAUGGCAGGCCUAGCCAGGAGGCGGGGAGCUCCCCCAAUUCCCCACGUAGCCCCGACAGCGAUGCUACCACUGGAUCGGCCUGAGGAUGCAGGGAGUGAAGGAGGAGGGGGAGAGAGGUGUAAAGACUCAAUUCUGCCCCUGCUGGCAGAAGAAUACACCCUGAGAGAGGCCAACCAACAGUAAUAUGUUCAUAACCUUCCCUCAACAGCGAAACACUGCCCUUACAGCAUCAAAAGGCAUCAUAGCAAGAUCUCAUGUAAUGAAAUGAGCAGAUCUGAUGUGCUGGAGGUUACAGAGACCAUGCGCACUGGAGAGGAGAGAGAUUGUUACCUGCUGGAAUGUUCACCGGUGCACUUGGCAAAGCCCAGGCGUUUGUUUACUCCAUUUGUUUAGACAUGUUAGACUCAGGCGUGGGGUUUCUAGACUGAGGGUCCAGGGAUAUUUUUUCACGGUUUGACUCCUAAGUUUCUCGCUCCGUUUUCAGGAUUUGAUUGGGG